CUGGGUUUGAGUGGAGUCGUGUUUGUACGUAGCGGGUGUAGCCCUAGCAAAAACGGGUGUGGCCCUAGUCACACCCUUCCAUAAACGGGUAGUCACUUUGGAGGGAAUAGGGAAAAAUGUCUCUACUAAUUGCAACGCAACGAUAAGAAGUCCUUGACUAGUAACCCAAGAAGCGCGAAAGUACACGUGGAGUAGAUAUAUUCCGGAACCGGAAGUGCCCGGUAGUUCGGAGAAGUAUCACCUAAGAUAUAUCAAAUUGCCGCUCCCUCCCGUGUGGUAACGGGGACCAGGGUGCCAAUAACAGGAGAGGAUUCGCUGCCGGUCGUGCGGUUUGGCCCUGAGAUGGAUAAGGAUGGAUGACCUCAACAGGGUCGUUGCUUCGAAAAUCGUCUGCUUCUCCCAAGGGGGAACAAGAUUUUUAUCACCGAGAUUCGAGAAGCAAUACAGGUUAAAUGUGCCUCCAGGAACCUCUGGAAUGAAUCGUCAAACCAGUAAUCCUCGAACAAUUCUGCUGCCUGCGCCAUUACUCUUCUUUCAGGCUCGCCGUCUUUCACAGUUGAGGACGCGAGCGUCAUUCGCGACACAAGCACCACGACAACGAUUGCAACCCAGUGCGAGAGAAAUUCAGGUUUUUGAAUAAGGUUACUAGCGUGGGACGACUGAGUACAUUGGACUUCUUCACCUUUGCUAUCGCAGCAAAGGUGUUUGCCCGGUUCGAGACCAUCUGGCUUCCAAAAGAGCUUGGCACGUUGGCGAAACAUGCCAACAGCAGCAGGGUGCUAAUCUUUUGUCUGAGAGUGCUCGCAAGACACAGUCAUUCUCCCGGAGUAGCAAAAGGCAUAUUUCUCGAUAAGCCAACAAGCAAGUAUGGAUAUCGUCACAAUCUGGCCCUUACGACAACGAAUAUACACGGCGGUACAGACCGUAAUGGUCAUUAUGUACUCAACUGUAGAGACAAAAAAAAAGGUCGGCUAUAGAGAAUUCACGACGACUAUUUGGUCCCUAACUUUGGACUACCGGUAGCGGCGUUGACUGGUUUUGGAACCUCAGUCAAUUCACGUGUUUACGAUGGAGGUGGAGAAGACGACACAUAGUAUAGCUUUUGUGAAAUGCCUAAAUUUUCUCGAAAUUUCUUAAAUCCCCGACCGUGUAUGGUUCUGUGUUAUCGUGAUCAAGGGCCAAGGACUUUCCAUUCUUCGGAAGGUCUCCACAACCGAUUCGUAUACAGGCCAGUUACGAGUUGCUUCGUGUUAGUCGUGCUUGUUGUUGGUAGCCUGUAUUCCGUUAAAGGUUGAGAAAUGGAUUCGCGCCAAAGGGUGUUUGUCCACCGGCGUAAAUCUUGUGCAGGCCAUUGAAUAUUUAUGCGCAGUGAAAUUUGAAGGUUGAAGCAUACAGUGUAUCGUGUUAUCAACAAGAUUUAAAGAUCAUCGACGAAAUCUUAAGAAAUAUUGAAGGCCCACAAAAGAAUGACUGCGUUCGAAGGGCGUUUGAAGGAGCUGCAAUCAAAUCGUGUUACCGUGACAAUUAUCAUUUUGUCCAUACAUGGCGUGGGACACUGCCUCCAAAAGUCGGUCAUAAAAAAUUCCAACAUCAUGUUUUCGAA